UGCUGCGCAUGCUGCGAUCAAGUUGAGAACGUGUUUGUUUUUUUUUUAAAUAAAUCAAGUUUCUGAAUACCUAGUUCGGCGAAUUAGACUCACCGCUUUCUUCUAACACAGAUAUUGGUAUUCAGUCCGCUAAGCACAAAACAAACCCAGCCUCAGACGGGAGUUCGAAAAAAAAAACGAUUGAAACUGUGCUUUGAAAAUGUGGAACUCGCACAUUAUCGCUAAGCUCCUUGCCAACGAGCAGCAGCAGCAGGAGUUUCAAGAUGAUAACAAAAUGUUCAUGCAGCUGACGAUCACCCGCUACUUGAUAGAAGCGUUUACCAAGAAUCCUCAUCUGGCCGAUGGUGAUAUGUUUGCCUAUCGGGACUACGUCCAGUGCAAUGUACCACGGCUGGUAAGUGAGGAGGAAGAGCGGAACGCAGAUUCGCCCAAAUGCAAUGUCCGGGCUGCCAAGGCACGACAGGAAGGGAACAAGUUGUAUCUGAAAAAGAACUACCUGGAGGCACUGGAGAAGUACAACGAAAGCAUCUGCUGGGCCCAGAUUGAUUCAGAGGAUCUGGCGAUUGGGUAUGCUAAUCGAUCGGCUAUCUACUACGAAAAUGAAGAAUACGAAUUCGCCAUGGCCAAUAUUGCUCUAGCCAAGAGGCACAAAUAUCCGGAACGGUUGAUGCCGAAGUUGCAAGCCCGGGAACUUCGCUGCAAGGGUAAGAUCGACGCCGGUGAACACAAAAGUUCUACACAAUGUCCGAAGCUGGUUCUUAACGUUGAAGCGAACCCCAAAAUCCCUUUCGUGGCACGGGGAAUCGCGAUGAAGGAACUGCCACAUUUUGGAAGGAGCAUGGUGGCUGAGAGAGAUUUCAAGGCGGGCAGUGUGAUUCUGUGCGAGAAACCCAUGAUGGUUUCUAUCAGUCCGGAAGCAAAGUAUAAAUUAUGCCAGUCCUGUUCGUCGGAGAACUUUUUGUCGUUAAUCCCAUGUCCGCAUUGUGUAUCCGUAAUGUACUGCAGUGAAGAGUGCUGGAAAAAGGGUUGGGAGGUUGGACAUCGGUUCGAGUGUGGAAUAUACGACAAACUGGCUAGCAUGCCGUUCGAUGAAUGUCAAAUGGGGCCAAAGAUGCUCUUCUACGGAUUGACAUUGUUCAAUGACGACGUGAAGAAGAUGAGGAAGUACUGUAGAUCACACGGUCGAACCGGAAGUAAUCCAUUCGAUUUGGACUACACCAAGGAAAAUCCUCUGGAUGCAUUCAAGGUAUUCCAUACGGCCAAAAUGCAACCCCGUGGGCACACUCUGGACAACGUUUACCGGUUGGUUACGGCGAUUUUGUACACCAUCUACAUCCAACAGCCUUUGAUUCGAUCGCUCUUCGUCACCAAAACGCAACAAAACUUUCUGUUGAAGUGUAUCUUCGAAUAUUCAAUCGUGGUCAAUCGUCUGAUCGUUGUACGGGAGCCCUCCAUUGAUCUACUGCACACGGUUGCAUCCGUAUGUAAUCACUCCUGCGACCCAAACACUCACGUUAUGUAUCGCUCAUCUCAACUGAAGUUCGUUGUGAUUCGUCCAAUCUGCAAGGGUGAGCAAAUUUGCAUCUCGUAUGGCCCCAUCUGGGGAGAAACUUGCGCAUACGAACGGUACAGGAAAUUGUCCAUAUUUGAGAUUGACUGCGCGUGCGUGGUGUGCAAUCCGAAUACGUUCCGGAACUGGCUGAUCAAUAACAAGCAGCAGUCGCCCGCCUUCCACAACAAUUUGUUUGUAAUGAAGAAGGUGCUGCUGAACGAGACCUUCAGCAAUGCGGACAAGAUGAAUGCACUGCAGCAAUUCAUUCAACGGUACGGCUACGUCCAUCCGCUGCAUCUGUUUCGGCAAAUUCUGACCAUGUAUCGUGAGGGACUUUCGGUGGUCUUCGCAAACGAAGUAAUGUUUGCGAUGCGGGAGAGAAUCUUCGCCAGUUUGAAUUGAUUUUAAUGUUGUUUCUCACUACUUCAUGACUCGUUGUUUUUAUUGAAUUCUCUUGUUUAUUUUUUAAUUAACUCUUGUUUCUUCUUGUUUUUUUUUUAUUUUUUUAUUUAACUUGACAAAU